AUGAUUAUUCCAGGCCCGUUCGUAAAGUGUUCGAGAAAAUUCCAAAUGGAGUUUCUACAAGAUCGGCCAACGCCUGGAACAGGGCCGUACUUCGACACCAGUGUGCCGCAGAAUUAUACGGGACUCGUGGGUCAGCCUAUAAGUCUACUGUGCAAGGUCAAGAAUUUGGGAAACAGAACGGUUUCAUGGGUGAGGCAUCGAGACAUCCAUCUCUUGACUGUGGGAAGGUACACGUACACUUCAGAUCAGCGUUUCGAAACGAAACAUUCGCCUCACAGCGAAGACUGGCUGCUGUACAUUCGCUAUCCGCAGAAACACGACACAGGCGUCUACGAGUGCCAGAUAUCAAGUACGCCUCCCAUCGGGCACAAGGUGUAUCUCGACGUAGUUGAACCCACAACGGAAAUCGCUGGAGAGCCGGAUGUGUUCAUAAAUCGUGGUUCCAUAAUUAACCUGCUGUGCGAAAUCAGAUACGCUCCGCAACCUCCGCCUCACGUCACCUGGUCGCACGAGGGGACGGUCAUUAACUAUGAUUCACCACGGGGCGGAAUUUCUUCUGUUACGGAAAAAGGAAUAUUUACCACCAGCCGUUUGCUAAUUCAACAGGCAAUUGGGAGCGACUCUGGGGUCUAUAGUUGCACGCCUUCCAAUGCUCCUAAUGCAACGAUACGAGUUCAUGUUGUGGAUGGUAAGUUUAUAUUAAUUUCUGACACAAAUUUCUAACGCACAUGUUGCAAA